AUGUUUCCCACGCGUGCCCUCCUGGGCCGUUCCGUCUGGAAAGAAAAAAAAAAACAAAAAACUAACGGAAUAAAUCUACUUAGUCUCCCCCUUCCCCGCAAACUCCCCGCUCCACCAGGAACACCACCCAUCAAGACGCAGAAGCGCGGCGCCACUAUCCUCCCCAAUUUCGUGGGAUUGAGGUUCUCGGUCCACAACGGGAAGAUUUAUCAGGAUGUUAUGAUUACGGAGGAGAUGGUCGGGAGGAAGUUGGGGGAGUUUGUUGCGACUCGGAAGAGGUUUUCGUAUAAGCAGUCGAAGAACAGGUAG